AGCAGCUCUUCACUCUUCUCUCCUCAACCUGCUCUCAUCUGAAGGAUCUCUGGACCUAUUUGUCUCUCAACAGAGAAUAAUGGCCUCGUCACAGAAACGCUGCCUUCUCCUGCUGGUUGUUGUGGCUGCAGUUUGUAUUCAGCUCUAUCAAGCUCACGACUUUAUUGGACGCUGCUCAUGUUUCAACACAAUGAAGUUCAUCAGAGGCAAUAUGUCAGAUUUUAAAGUCAUUGAGAGGCACCCUGGAUGUGAUAAAACGGAGUUGAUUGUAACCAUGAACACUCCAGACAACUUGACUGGGAGAUUCUGUAUGAACACUGAGGGAAGGAGGGCCAGGGUUCUUUUGAAAUGCUGGGAAAGGAUAAACAAAGACGAGAGUCGUAAGAUGGAGUGCAUCGACAGAAAAAGAUAGGCAGAGUGAAAGUGCAAGAGGGGGAGGCCUGACGGAGGUGGAAAGUUAUCCGGAUCAGAGUCCCAGAGGUCACAUGAAGGCUGAGCAUCAAGCCUAAGAAUGCUGAGAGCAGAGUUUACACUGAACUCCUGCACUGGAGAGGAUUGGGAAAUGCAGCGAGAGGGGAAGAGAAGAGGGAGGGGGAUGAUUAAGAGCCAGGAGGCAGGAAGGGGGGAGUGAGGAAGAGAAUUUCAUUGAUAAUGGUAAUAUAUGUACAGUACUAUAGCAGCACGCCUGUUUAAGGCCACUGUUGAAAUGGUCCACCUUUAUUUUUUGGCUUGACAUAAUAUUAUUUAUGCUGACUAUUUAUUUGACAAAGAAGUCUGUAUUUUAUUAUUUUUGUUUUGUUUUGCAAAUGUCUGACUCAUUGCAAAUAAAGUUGAUUUUGAUAAACUCA